UUGCAAUAGACACAGACAGAAAACAGAUGCUACAGUCCAGCAGACUUAUUUUUUCUCUCCACAUUUAAUAGAUUUGGGAUUUAUUAUGGCUCGUUGCAGUAGAAGUCCUGGCUCUUAGAUAAACCACUAAAUGAAAGAAGAUGAUCAGGACAAUUGCUGUUAAGUUUAAACCAUGUUGCAUUGGCUUGCUAGCAAAACAGAAAACCCCCUCAAGGGCUCUAAUACAAAGUUGCUGUGUACAUUCAUCUGGAGCAAAAGAGCCAUUCUUAAGUGGCAUCAACUCAAGCUAUGUGGAAGAGAUGUACUAUGCAUGGCUGGAGAAUCCAAAAAGUGUCCAUAAGUCUUGGGAUACUUUUUUCCGCAGUGCUGAUGCUAUGGCUGUGCCUGGUGAAGCCCAUCAGACAGAAGCAGCUGAUAUGCAAAAUAAAGCAUUGUUGAUUCGCAGCCAAGGUCUUGCUAUGGCUUCGGCUAAAGCAGAGAAACUGGUGGAAGACCAUCUGGCAGUGCAGUCAUUAAUCAGAGCAUACCAGAUCCGUGGGCAUCAUGUGUCUCAGCUGGACCCUCUUGGAAUUUUGGAUGCUGACUUGGACUCUUUUGUGCCAUCUGAUCUUAUCACUACACUUGAUAAACUUGGUUUUUAUGGCUUGCACGAGGGUGACCUAGAUAAGGUUUUCCGUCUUCCAACCACCACUUACAUUGGAGGUAAUGAAGCCUCCCUUUCUUUGAGAGAAAUCAUUAGAAGACUGGAGAAUUCAUAUUGCCAGCACAUCGGGUUGGAGUUUAUGUUUAUCAAUGAUGUAGAACAGUGCCAGUGGAUCAGACAAAAAUUUGAGACACCGGGCAUCAUGAAAUUUACAAAUGAGGAAAAAAGAACACUUUUAGCAAGAUUAGUGCGCUCAACAAGGUUUGAAGAUUUCUUAGCUCGCAAGUGGUCUUCAGAGAAGAGGUUUGGCUUGGAAGGCUGUGAGGUGAUGAUCCCAGCUUUGAAAGCCAUCAUUGAUAAGUCCAGUGAGAUGGGUCUGGAGUAUGUAACCUUGGGAAUGCCUCAUAGAGGCCGACUAAAUGUCUUGGCAAACGUAAUCCGUAAAGAUUUAGAACAGAUCUUUUGCCAGUUUGACCCUAAGCUGGAAGCUUCGGAUGAGGGAUCAGGAGAUGUAAAAUAUCAUUUGGGAAUGUACCACGAACGCAUUAACCGAGCUACGAACAAGAAAAUUACCCUGUCUUUGGUUGCAAAUCCUUCUCAUCUUGAGGCAGUCGACCCUGUUGUCCAGGGAAAGACCAAGGCAGAGCAGUUCUACAGGGGUGACAGUGAAGGUAAAAAGGUAAUGUCAAUUCUAGUCCAUGGGGAUGCUGCAUUUGCAGGACAGGGCGUUGUGUACGAGACUUUCCAUCUUAGUGAUCUUCCCUCUUACACCACCAAUGGAACCAUUCAUGUUGUAGUGAAUAACCAGAUCGGAUUCACCACUGAUCCUCGCAUGGCUCGUUCUUCUCCAUACCCUACUGAUGUGGCUCGUGUUGUUAAUGCACCAAUAUUCCAUGUGAAUGCAGAUGAUCCUGAAGCUGUAAUAUAUGUGUGCAGUGUAGCGGCAGAGUGGAGGAACACCUUUAAUAAAGAUGUAGUGGUAGAUUUGGUUUGCUACCGUCGCAGUGGACACAAUGAAAUGGAUGAGCCCAUGUUCACUCAGCCCCUGAUGUACAAGCAGAUCUACAAGCAAGUUCCAGUUGUAAAGAAAUAUGCUGACAAACUGAUUUCUGAGGGCACUGUUUCUCUUCAGGAGUUUGAGGAAGAGAUUGCAAAGUAUGACAAGAUCUGUGAAGAGUCCUAUACACAGUCCAAAGACAAGAAAAUACUUAACAUAAAGCAUUGGCUGGACUCUCCGUGGCCUGGUUUUUUCACCUUAGAGGGAGAACCUAAAAGCAUGACAUGUCCCCCCACUGGGAUUCCUGAGGAUAUGCUUUCCCAUAUCGGAAACAUAGCCAGCUCUGUGCCAGUGGAGAAUUUUAAAAUCCAUGCAGGUCUCUCCAGGAUUUUGAAGGGAAGAUUGGAAAUGACAAAGAAUUGUCUAGUAGAUUGGGCAUUAGCUGAAUACAUGGCUUUUGGUUCAUUGCUAAAAGAAGGAAUUCAUGUGCGACUUAGUGGCCAAGAUGUGGAAAGGGGAACUUUUAGCCAUCGUCAUCAUGUUUUACACGAUCAGGAUGUUGAUCGCCGAACCUGCGUUCCGAUGAAUCAUCUCUGGCCUGACCAAGCUCCAUACACAGUGUGCAACAGCUCUCUUUCUGAGUAUGGUGUUUUGGGUUUUGAGCUUGGUUUUGCCAUGUCAAGUCCCAAUGCCUUGGUAUUAUGGGAAGCUCAGUUUGGUGACUUUCACAACACAGCACAAUGUAUAAUUGACCAGUUUAUCAGCUCUGGACAGGCCAAGUGGGUGCGUCACAAUGGAAUCGUGCUGCUACUACCCCAUGGCAUGGAAGGAAUGGGGCCAGAGCAUUCUUCAGCCAGACCUGAAAGGUUCCUGCAGAUGAGCAAUGAUGACUGUGAUGCUUAUCCUGAAUUUACUCAGGAUUAUGAAGUGACUCAACUAUAUGACUGCAAUUGGAUUGUGGUGAACUGUUCAACACCAGCCAGCUACUUUCAUGUCCUCAGACGGCAAAUUUUAUUGCCCUUUCGCAAGCCGCUCAUUGUCUUCACCCCAAAGUCUUUACUGAGGCAUCCAGAGGCAAAAUCAAGUUUUGAAGAAAUGAAAACAGGCACCGUCUUCCACCGUGUGAUUCCUGAAAGUGGAGCAGCUUGUCAGAAUCCUCAGAAUGUGAGACGGGUCAUUUUCUGCACUGGGAAGGUUUAUUAUGAGCUUGUCAAGGAAAGACAUCAGAAACAGUUGGAAAGCCAAGUAGCAAUCACAAGGCUGGAGCAGAUAGCUCCCUUUCCAUUUGACCUGGUAAAAGAAGAAGUUGAGAAGUAUCAUAAGGCAGAACUGGUGUGGUGCCAGGAGGAGCAUAAGAAUAUGGGUUACUAUGAUUACAUCCAGCCUCGGUUCCUCACCAUUUUGAAUCAUACUAGACCAAUUUGGUAUGUGGGUCGUGACCCAGCUGCUGCACCAGCCACUGGCAAUAAAAACACUCAUCAUGUCGAACUAAGAAGAUUUUUGGAUAGUGCUUUCAAUCUGCAGUGUUUUGAAGGGAAGACCUUUUAGUACUUCAGUUAUACAUUAUGUAGUAUUAUAGUAAAUUAUGUGGUUACUACUAGUGAAAUUGGUUGAGCAUUUCUUCUUCUUAAUUUUUUUUUUAGUUUCUUCAGUUCAAACUUAACCAAAAUUCAGCUUUUAGUUAGGCGAUAAGUAACAUUUUCCCAGUUCAUUUGAUUUAAAGUGUUAUCUUAUCUACAUGAAUUAAUUGACCGUCUGUCUAUUCAGUAUAUAUGCCCUGAACACUGAAUUCUAAACCUUGAUAAUAUUGGUGAUCUGGUGGAUGUUGAUAGCUGGUUUACUACAUCCAUUCAGUUCUCUGAGCAGCUUAAUGACAGUAGUUGUGCACAUUGUAGUGAGAAUUGUAGAUACAUGGUAGGAUGUAAAGUGCUUCUGCAGGUAAACUAUAAGGUUGAUUGUUGCAAAUAAUAAUUCUUGUGUCAGAUUUCAGUUGUUAAUAAAUAUGUACAUAUAUCAAUUUUC